AUGGAGGAUAGCAGCGAUCCUGACUCGGACUUUUACGGAGAUGUCGAGACUGUCUCCCGGCUUCAGAAGCGGGUUCGCGCUGCGGAUGCGGAAGCAGCAGGGAGCCGCAAUGUAAUGGCCUCUACAGCACAGCACCAUGCGACGAUUGGGCAGGCCAGGAUGCAAGUCUAUAACCCAUUCGCAGGCGUAUCAUACGCAUGGCAGUUUGGCGAGAGUGCUGGGGAUUUUGUCUGCAGGCUUCCGCCGGCCACGACAGUGGCAGAUAUACACACGCCGUGGAUCUACGUUUGCAACCCACAUAUCAAAAGACGGAAGAAGGAGCUUGCAGGAAAUCAGAUAAUCGCCGGGUGCGAGGACGAGGGCCCAGAGACCGAAGACACGCAGACUGGGCUCUUUGAGCGGGGCGGUAGAGAGAGACUCGAUUUGCUCCGGGGUUUCAUAGAUGCCACAGGAAAGAUGGGUCUUCCUCGAACCGCUGAAGAGGCCGAAAUCAAUCGUGCCCGGCGGUCGGCCGUCAGUGAUAUCUUGGGCCUAGCGGGUCACUUGAGCGUGACAUGUGGAAAGUGGUUAUUGUUUGUCAGUCCUGGCGCCGUCAACAGGAUUUGGAAAGUGGUGGUGCGCAGUACUAUCCAAAACGAACUCGGCAUUGCGGCCAAGGUAGCGCCCUGGAACCCGGCCGUAGACAUCGAGGCAGAGGCACAUCGGCCACGACUGAUCUGCAUAUAUACCGGCGAUUUUCGUGACCGCAUCGACGUGGGUCGCGUGCUUCAGCGCAUUGCGGCAUUGGAUAUCCUUCCGAAGUGCGGUGAACAAAUAUACUACAAGUGCGACGGGGACGCUGGCCGCCGCGAACGGACGUAUCCCUUGAUGUCAAGGCCUGAGGUUGAGACUAUGAUUGCGACUGGACAAGCAAUUGUCGUUGUGGACCAAUAUGUCCUCAAGCUUGAUGCUUGGAUUCCCUUCCAUCCUGGUGGCGAGAAGGCCAUCUUGCACGUGUUGGGAAAAGAUGCAACGGAUGAGGUCCACGGGUAUCAUUCUGAUGAGGCCAUCCGGACAAUGGACAGGUACAGAAUCGGAAAGAUUGAGGGCCAUUGGAAGAACUUUUUGCCUCCUAUCCAGGGCGGCGUCUUCACUGAAUGCGACCCUUGCGACAAGCAGGUUGCAGCGAAAGUAAAAUUGUGCGUGAAGGCCUCCAGUGGCGGGUCCAUCCCGCGUUCAGCGUCUCCCUCACCUAUAUUCGAUGAAAACGACUCUGGGGAAGCCGAAACAGAUGUCUACACCAAUGCUUCUGCCAAGCCGCGCCGGCGUGCUCGUGCCAACCGCACAGGAUUGCGGUCGGUUUCAUCGUACACCUCGAUGUCUUCUGCCAAUGAAGCGGAAGCGGACGACGAAAAAAGCAAACAAAGACGUCCGGCCAGAUCUGGUGCGCCACAGGCUGUUGCCACCGCAUUUUUAGAUGCAAAGACUCGAGAAGAAAUUAGCCUCGACCUCGACAAGUACCCGGCUCUAGACGGCGAGACACAGCAGCUCAUCGUGUGCGAAUAUCGCGAGCUGAGCGAGAGAAUCGAGGCCGAGGGCCUCUACACGUGCAACUACACCGCGUACGCGUGGGAAGUAUCCCGGUACACGCUUCUGUUUGUGUUGAUGCUUGUCUUUCUGCGGCUGAAGUGGUAUUCUCUGAGCGCUGCCUUCUUGGGGUGUUUCUGGCACCAGCUAGUGUUCACCGCACACGACGCCGGACACAUAGCCAUCACACACAACUUUCAGGUAGACACAUGCCUUGGAAUUUUCGUUGCUGAUUUCCUCGGUGGGCUGUCUCUUUGCUGGUGGAAAGACAACCACAAUGUGCACCACAUUGUCACCAACUCGCCCGAACACGACCCAGAUAUCGAGCACAUGCCUUUUUUUGCCAUCUCCCAUCGCUUCCUUCAGUCUCUGCGAUCUACAUACUAUGAGAAGAUCAUGGUGUAUGAUGCAGCCGCUAGGUUUUUCCUCUCCUUCCAGUCGUGGUCUUACUACGUGAUCCUUUGUUUCGGCCGCUUCAAUCUCUACCGGCUUUCGUGGACGUAUAUCAUUCUUGGUCUGGGCCCGCGCCGGGGUCGGGCAGGGUGGCACCGGUGGCUCGAGGCCGUGGGCCAGGUAUGUUUUUGGGCCUGGUUCGGCUAUGGCGUGGUCUACCGAAGUAUCGACUCGAAUUGGGACCGGUUUGUCUUCGUGAUGAUCAGCCACGUCGUCACCAUGCCGGUGCACUUGCAGAUCACGUUGUCGCACUUCGCCAUGAGCACGGCUGAGCUCGGCCCCGACGAGUCGUUUCCACAACGAAUGUUGCGGACGACGAUGGAUGUCGACUGUCCGCCAUGGCUCGACUUCUUUCACGGUGGUUUGCAAUUCCAGGCCAUUCACCACCUGUACCCACGAAUGCCGCGACACAACCUACGCCGGGCACAGAAACUUGUCAUGGAGUUCUGUGCUAAAGUCGGGAUUCCCUAUGCUCUAUAUGGAUUCGUGGACGGAAACAAACAUGUAAUCGGGCGGUUGGCGGAUGUCUCUAGACAAGCAGCCAUACUAGCCCAAUGCCAACAGGCCGUGGCGGAGGGCAGAGCCUAG